GACCGCCCGGCCUUGUUCUCCGGAUCGGCCGAAGGUGUUCCGGAAGGAGGCGAGCGGCGAAGCGGGCCCGGCCAGCCUUACCUCCCACCCCCACCCCACCCCAGGCCGGUAGGGCCCGGCGUCCGCGGGUGGGGGCACUCGGAGAAGGCGGAGGGAGCCCGGGCUUGGCUCCGGUCCGGCAGGAACCGAGCUCAUUCCGGAAGCAGCCGAGCGGCCGGGCGCCGGCCUCGGCGUCCCGUGAGUGAGGCGGCAGCGGCGGCGGCGGCGGCGGCGGCGGCGACGGCUACCGCGCGGGCCGGGAUGAACCGCGACGGCUGAGGCUGAGGAGGUGCCGGCUGCGCGGGCCCCAUCGACACCUCGGCGAAGCGCCAGCCCCGCACUGGGGGCCCCGCCUCGAGCCGAGCUCCGUCCCCGCGAACCUCUCGGACCCCUUUGUGCGGCCGGAGGCGGCGGCGGCGGCGGCGGCGGGAACGGCCAUGGCGGCCAACAUGUACCGGGUGGGAGAUUACGUCUAUUUUGAGAACUCCUCCAGCAAUCCUUACCUGGUUAGACGGAUUGAGGAGCUCAAUAAGACUGCAAACGGAAAUGUGGAAGCAAAGGUUGUCUGUCUUUUCCGGAGAAGGGACAUUUCUAGUAGCCUCAACAGCUUGGCUGAUAGUAAUGCCAGGGAGUUUGAGGAGGAAUCAAAGCAACCAGGGGUGACGGAACAGCAGAGACAUCAGCUAAAGCACCGGGAGCUUUUUCUUUCUCGGCAGUUUGAAUCAUUACCAGCCACCCACAUAAGGGGGAAAUGCAGUGUGACGCUCUUAAAUGAGACAGAUAUCUUGAGCCAGUACCUGGAAAAGGAGGACUGCUUUUUUUACUCACUGGUGUUUGACCCUGUGCAGAAGACACUUCUGGCUGAUCAGGGAGAAAUCAGAGUUGGUUGCAAAUACCAAGCUGAGAUCCCCGAUCGCCUGGCAGAGGGAGAAUCGGAUAAUCGGAAUCAACAGAAGAUGGAGAUGAAAGUCUGGGACCCAGACAACCCUCUCACAGACCGGCAGAUUGAUCAGUUUCUCGUGGUGGCCCGAGCUGUGGGGACCUUUGCGAGAGCCCUGGAUUGUAGCAGCUCCAUUCGGCAGCCGAGCCUGCACAUGAGCGCAGCCGCCGCUUCCCGAGACAUCACUCUGUUCCAUGCCAUGGACACAUUACAAAGGAAUGGCUAUGAUCUGGCUAAGGCCAUGUCCACCCUGGUGCCCCAGGGGGGCCCCGUGCUGUGUCGUGAUGAGAUGGAGGAAUGGUCUGCUUCUGAAGCCAUGCUGUUUGAGGAGGCCCUAGAGAAGUAUGGGAAGGAUUUCAAUGACAUUCGCCAGGAUUUUCUACCAUGGAAAUCCCUUGCCAGCAUAGUCCAGUUUUAUUACAUGUGGAAGACCACUGACCGGUAUAUUCAGCAGAAAAGAUUGAAAGCCGCUGAAGCAGACAGCAAACUGAAGCAGGUCUACAUCCCUACCUACACAAAGCCAAACCCUAACCAGAUCAUUUCUGUGGGUUCCAAACCUGGCAUGAAUGGGGCUGGAUUCCAGAAGGGCCUGACUUGUGAGAGCUGCCACACCACACAGUCUGCCCAGUGGUAUGCCUGGGGCCCACCCAACAUGCAGUGCCGCCUUUGUGCUUCCUGUUGGAUCUACUGGAAGAAGUAUGGGGGGCUGAAGACCCCGACCCAGCUUGAGGGCGCUGCUCGGGGCACCACAGAGCCACACUCAAGGGGUCAUUUAUCCAGACCCGAAGCCCAAAGUCUCUCCCCCUACACCACCAGCGCCAACCGGGCCAAGCUGCUGGCUAAGAACAGGCAGACUUUUCUGCUUCAGACCACAAAGCUGACCCGACUUGCCCGACGAAUGUGCAGGGACCUGUUACAGCCGAGGAGGGCUGCCCGAAGACCUUACGCCCCUAUUAAUGCCAAUGCCAUCAAGGCGGAGUGCUCCAUCCGACUUCCUAAGGCCGCCAAGACUCCACUGAAGAUUCACCCUCUGGUGCGGCUGCCCCUGGCAACUAUUGUCAAGGAUCUGGUGGCCCAGGCACCUCUAAAACCAAAAACACCUCGAGGCACCAAGACACCAAUCAACAGAAACCAGCUGACCCAGAACAGGGGCCUGGGAGGCAUCAUGGUGAAGCGCACCUAUGAGACCAUGGCAGGGGCAGGUGUCCCCUUCUCUGCCAAUGGAAGGCCUUUGACUUCAGGGAUUCGCUCAAGCUCACAGCCAGUGGCCAAACGUCAGAAACUAAACCCUGCCGAUGCUCCCAAUCCUGUGGUAUUUGUGGCCACAAAAGAUACCAGGGCCCUACGGAAGGCUUUAACCCACCUGGAAAUGCGGCGAGCUGCCCGGAGGCCCAACUUACCCUUGAAGGUGAAGCCAGCACUGAUCGCAGUGCGGCCCCCCGUCCCUCUACCUGCAGUCUCACAUCCUGCCAGCACCAACGAGCCUAUUGUCCUGGAGGACUGAGCAUCUGCUGGCGAGGGAGGCUGGUGGGCUGAGAGGUGGAGAGGGCACACGGGCACCCAGACCUCCCUUCCCUUUAGUAAAGGGAGUCAGGAGUGAGGGAGGCCAGGAGCAAAUGUGUCCCUGGAGGGGUUUGGCGCCCUCUGGUGGUAAUGCCUUUGUGACUGGUCUUUGCGUCUCCAUCCUUGUGAUGGAGGGCAGCCUGCAGGAACUUGGCCCAUGUGGGCACCUAACCCGUUUCCAGGGGUAGGUCCCACAUUUGUCUUGGACAGUUUUUGGGGGAGGGUUUUUUAAUUUUUUUAAAUUUUGCCUCCCUUUGUGAAAGGGAUGCGGGAGGGGAAAGAGUAAACAUAUCAGGUGGUGGUACCUGGUUGGGGGAGGGGGGCGUGCACUGCCAUGUCUAUUUUUUUUUUUAAAUUGGGAGUUUCUUUUCCUGUCCGGUGUCCGGACUUUCCUAAUUGGAGUAUGAGGCCCCUAAGCUGGCAUCAACCCCAGCCCAUGUUCUUUUUUUCCCUUCCCCCUCCCCGCUCCGCCUUUUGUACGCCAAUUCUCAGAAAUAAAGAUCUUUUGUCCGUUUUUUAACCUCGGAUUCUGUAAUUGGUUCUUAUAGUAACAAAUAAAAAGCUGGUUUCUUUGGCUCC